CCGCUUCAACAGGAUCAGAGACAUCCAGCCUGGAGCCUUCAGGAGGCUGAGAAACUUGAACACAUUGCUUCUCAACAACAACCAGAUCAAGAGCAUACCGGCUGGCGCCUUUGAGGACUUGGAGAAUUUGAAAUAUCUCUAUCUGUACAAGAAUGAGAUCCAGUCGGUUGACAGGCAAGCGUUUCAGGGACUUUCCUCUCUAGAACAACUAUACCUGCACUUCAACCAGAUAGAGAGUCUGGACCCCCAGUCCUUUCAACAUCUGCCCAAGCUGGAGAGGCUAUUUUUACACAACAACCGAAUUGCACAUUUGGUCCCAGGAACGUUUAACCACUUGGAAUCCAUGAAAAGACUGCGCCUGGACUCGAACGCACUCCGCUGCGACUGUGAGAUCCUGUGGCUGGCGGACCUGCUGAGAACCUACGCCCGGUCGGGCAACGCGCAGGCGGCCGCCACCUGUGAGCACCCACGGCGCCUGCAGGGCCGGUCGGUGGCUACCGUGGCCCCCGAGGAGCUGGACUGUGAAAGGCCCCGGAUCACGUCCGAGCCCCAGGACGCCGAUGUCACCCUGGGGAACACUGUGUUCUUCACCUGCAGAGCUGAGGGCAACCCCAAACCCGAGAUCAUCUGGCUGCGAAACAACAACGAGCUGAGCAUGAAGACAGACUCCCGCCUGAACUUGCUGGACGAUGGGACCCUGAUGAUCCAGAACACGCGGGAGACGGACCAGGGCGUCUACCAGUGCAUGGCGAAGAACGCGGCCGGGGAGGCGAAGACGCAAGAGGUGACCCUCAGGUACUUUGGGUCUCCAGCUCGGCCCACUUUUGUGAUCCAGCCGCAGAACACGGAGGUGCUGGUCGGGGAGAGCGUCACCCUGGAGUGCAGCGCCACCGGCCACCCUCUGCCGAGGAUCACCUGGACGAAAGGGGACCGGACGCCGCUGCCCGAGGACCCACGAGUGAGCAUCACGCCCUCUGGCGGCCUCUACAUUCAGAACGUGGCCCAGGGGGACAGUGGGGAGUACACCUGCUUCGCGUCCAACAGCAUCGAGAGCAUCCACGCCACAGCUUUCAUCAUCGUCCAGGCUCUUCCUCAGUUCACUGUGACCCCCGAGGACAGAACUGUGAUUGAGGGUCAGACGGUCGACUUCCAGUGCGAGGCAAAGGGCUACCCGCAGCCGGUCAUCGCCUGGACGAAAGGAGGGAGCCAGCUGUCUGUGGACAGGCGGCACCUGGUUCUGUCGUCGGGGACCCUCAGGAUCUCGGGCGUCGCCCUCCAUGACCAGGGCCAGUACGAAUGCCAGGCGGUCAACAUCAUCGGCUCCCAGAGGGUCGUGGCGCACCUGACGGUCCAGCCCAGAGUCACUCCGGUGUUCAGCAGCACCCCCAGCGACCAGACGGUGGAGGUGGGCACCAGUGUGCAGCUGCCCUGCAGCUCCCAGGGGGAGCCCGAGCCCGCCAUCACCUGGAACAAGGACGGGGUUCAGGUGACAGAAAGUGGGAAAUUCCACAUCAGCCCUGAGGGGUUCUUGACCAUCCAUGACGUCGGGACCGCGGACGCAGGCCGUUACGAGUGUGUGGCCCGGAACACGAUCGGACAGGCCUCAGUCAGCAUGGUGCUCAGCGUGAGCGUCCCUGACGUCAGUCGCAACGGGGACCCGUUCGUGGCCACAUCCAUUGUGGAGGCCAUCGCCACCGUGGACAGGGCCAUCAACUCCACGCGGACACACCUGUUCGACAGCCGUCCUCGGUCCCCCAACGACCUGCUGGCCUUGUUCCGCUACCCGAGGGACCCCUACACCGUGGAGCAGGCUCGCGCCGGGGAGAUAUUCGAGCGGACGCUGCAGCUGAUCCAGGAGCACGUGCAGCACGGCCUCACGGUCGACCUCAACGGAACCAGCUACCACUACAACGACCUGGUGUCUCCACAGUACCUGAGCCUCAUCGCCAACCUGUCGGGCUGCACGGCGCACCGGCGCGUGAACAACUGCUCCGACAUGUGCUUCCACCAGAAGUACCGCACGCAGGACGGCACCUGCAACAACCUGCAGCGGCCCAUGUGGGGCGCCUCGCUGACCGCCUUCGAGCGCCUGCUGAAGUCCGUGUACGAGAACGGGUUCAACACCCCCCGGGGCGUGAACCCCGGCCGGCUGUACCACGGGCACGCGCUGCCCAUGCCGCGCCUGGUGUCCACGACCCUGAUCGGGACGGAGGCCGUCACGCCGGACGCGCAGUUCACGCACAUGCUCAUGCAGUGGGGCCAGUUCCUGGACCACGACCUGGACUCCACCGUGGUGGCCCUGAGCCAGGCCCGCUUCUCCGACGGGCAGCACUGCAGCUCCGCGUGCAGCAGCGACCCGCCCUGCUUCUCGCUCGCCAUCCCGCCCAACGACCCGCGCGUGAGGAACGGCGCGCGCUGCAUGUUCUUCGUGCGCUCCAGCCCCGUGUGCGGCAGCGGCAUGACCUCCCUGCUCAUGAACUCCGUGUACCCGCGCGAGCAGAUCAACCAGCUCACCUCCUACAUCGACGCCUCCAACGUCUACGGCAGCUCGGAGCACGAGGCCCGCGCCGUGCGUGACCUGGCCAGCCAGCGCGGGCUGCUGCGCCAGGGCAUCGUGCAGCGCUCGGGGAAGCCCCUGCUGCCCUUCGCUGCGGGGCCGCCCACGGAGUGCAUGCGCGACGAGAGCGAGAGCCCCAUCCCCUGCUUCCUGGCCGGCGACCACCGUGCCAACGAGCAGCUGGGCCUCACCAGCAUGCACACGCUGUGGUUCCGCGAGCACAACCGCGUGGCCACCGAGUUGCUGGCGCUGAACCCACACUGGGACGGCGACACCCUGUACCACGAGGCCCGGAAGAUCGUGGGCGCGCAGAUGCAGUACAUCACCUACCAGCACUGGCUCCCCAAGGUGCUGGGGGAGGUGGGCAUGAAGAUGCUGGGGGAGUACCGCGGCUACGAUCCGGGUGUCAACGCGGGCAUCUUCAAUGCCUUCGCCACGGCCGCCUUCCGCUUCGGCCAUACGCUGGUCAACCCCGUGCUCUACCGGCUGGACGAGAACUUCCAGCCCAUCGCGCAGGGCCACGUGCCCCUGCACAAAGCCUUCUUCUCCCCGUUCCGCAUCGUGAACGAGGGCGGCAUCGACCCGGUGCUCAGGGGCCUGUUCGGCGUGGCGGGGAAGAUGCGCGUGCCCUCCCAGCUGCUGAACACGGAGCUCACCGAGCGCCUCUUCUCCAUGACGCACACGGUGGCCCUGGACCUGGCAGCCAUCAACAUCCAGCGGGGCCGCGACCACGGCAUCCCGCCCUACCACGACUACCGCGUCUACUGCAACCUGUCGUCUGCCCACACCUUCGAGGACCUGAAAAACGAGAUCAAAAACCCCGAGAUCCGGGAGAAGCUCAGGCGGUUAUACGGGUCGCCCCUCAACAUCGACCUGUUCCCCGCCCUCAUGGUGGAGGACCUGGUGCCCGGCAGCCGCCUGGGACCCACCUUGAUGUGCCUGCUGAGCACCCAGUUCAAGCGCCUGCGAGACGGGGACAGGUUGUGGUAUGAAAACCCCGGGGUGUUCUCCCCGGCCCAGCUGACGCAGAUCAAGCAGACGUCGCUGGCCAGGAUCCUGUGCGACAACUCGGACAACAUCACGCGUGUGCAGAAGGACGUGUUCCGGGUGGCGGAGUUCCCCCACGGCUUCAGCAGCUGUGACGACGUGCCCAGGGUGGACCUGCGGGUCUGGCAGGACUGCUGUGAAGACUGUAGGACCAGGGGACAGUUCAACGCCUUCUCGUAUCAUUUCCGAGGCCGGCGGUCCCUUGAAUUCAGCUACCAGGAGGACGAGCCCAUCGCGGAAGCAGGGCCUGGGAAGACACGGAGUGUCGGGAAACACGGCAAGCACCCCAGGAACGCCACGUCCACCUCCUCGGAGCACCCCCCGGUCCCCAGGGCGAACGACUUCAGGGACUUUGUUCUGGAGAUGCAGAGCACCAUCACGGACCUCAGGAAACAGAUCAAGAAACUUGAGUCUCGGCUCAGCACAGCCGAGUGCACCGGUGCGGACGGCGAGCCCCACGCGGACGGCGCCAGGUGGAAACGAGACGCGUGCACCAUCUGUGAAUGUCGCGACGGGCAGAUCACCUGCUUCGUGGAGGCUUGCCCACCUGCCGACUGCCCCGCGCCGGUGAGAGUCGACGGAGCCUGUUGUCCUUUUUGCCUGAAGGACACCCCAGGAAAGCAGCCUUAGAUCCUUAGGGCUCCCCGGAGCCCCUCCUCCCAGGGGCAGCCCCCGAGGUCACAGCCGGUGCAGGGAGUUAGGCUGGUGGACACCAAGGACUCGGACAGCUCAGGGCCAUGUCGCCGGGCUGUCUCAGGAACACGCGGGGGGUCAGACUGGAGUGAUCACGGGCCGGAGGCCAUGCAGCAGACACGGCGGAGCAGACACGAGUCCUAACUUCACGUUAGAUUCUCAGGUUUUUAUUUAAUUUUUUAACGAGAAAUUGGUGCUACUAUUAAAUCGCACAGUUCAGUCAUUUAGGCUCCUACAGUGAUUUCCCGAUGCCAGCAUUUCUUCUCAACGGAAAGCCACCCGCGGGGCCCUGACACCGGGAGCCUGUGGACCGUCCGGGGGGCGCCCGCCUCAGUGCUCGGCCAACGGAAGUCUCGUGAGCGUGUCUGGGUGGCCCAGGCUCCCGGCGCCCCGGUCACCCAGACACCUGCCCUCUGGCCUCCGCCGCGGCCCACGCGCACCAGCGACGCCUCGGAGUGGGUUCCCGCCGCCCAGGCUCCGGCCCACCUGUGGCCCCUCUGCCUUUCGCACGUGACUGAGGCUGUCGAGCCGCAUUUGAAACAGGCGCGUUCUCCCUGUAACCUGCUGCCUGGUGUGGACCUGGUGGGAACCCCCUCCGCCGAGGCCCUGCUCAGCCGCAGGGCUGUUCUGGCCGAGCGCAGAGGAGUCCAGUGUUGGGGGCUUCCUGCCUCCAGGCUGCGUGAGUGCCUUAAAGAGACGACACCCUGUACCUCGUGUUCUCAGAGUGCGCGCCAGCUUACGAAAGUCCCCACUUCCAGCCUCAGAUCCGGCAGCAGCACCUUCCACUGUGCGCAGGUCUUCCAGAACCCAGUGAAAAGCAACUAUCAUACCUCAUGGUCGCUCUCUCUCUAACGGACCAAAAAUCUCCUAUUUUGUUUUAAACACAGAGUGAGCUAGUGUCUGAAACACAGGUGUCUGAACGGACAAGUUCAGCUCCGCAGACGUUUGAGCGCCCCCUGCUGGGCCGACACUGGCGAGGGACCCACUGCGGUUCCCGUGGGGGGACGGCCGCUCAGAGGGCGUCACUGCGGAGUAGGAGGCCGUGGCCAUUCAGGGCCUGCCGCCGUCGGUGUGGGCACCAGGCGGCCACAUCUCGGGGUGGCCUCCAUGCGCCCUCGUCAGUAUGGUCACAGUGGCUUUGAACACGGUCACCGUGACUUAGCCUCAGCCUGCCGAGUGACAGGUAAAAUCUGGUGGCGUCUCCUGGGGCGUGGACUUCCGAGGAAGGACCGAGUCAGGCGGAUCUGGGAGGCAGCCUCUGGGAACCAGAAGACGGAGACCUUGGUUUCGGGGCACACCCAGGUCCGUGAGCGCCCUGAGGGGCCUGUGGUCUCGUGGCGGCCGCAUCAGGGGUUCCGAGGGGCCACGUGUACAUGUUCAUUUACUCCCUUAACUGCACAGCCGGAUGCCUUCCCACGUCCCUUGUAAUCAGCACGUUACCAAAGACGUUUGCACUAUGUACCGCUGCCUUUCGUUCGAAUA